CUGAUCUGAGAAGCUUUCAGAGCUGCUGGCUGCCUGACAGCAACAUCCAGGGAGGAGGAAUAAAAGCAGAGACCAACAGCAGAGGUUGUUCAUCGGGAACAAGGAGCAGAAGCUUCCACGCCGGCUGGUUCAGCCCUGAGACCGACAUCAUGGCGUGCAGUGAAGGGCCCCACAGGACGGAUGGCGACGCCGAUCAGCCGUCCGCCCAUCAGGACCCUUCGAAAGAAAGCAUGAAGCUGAAGAAGGAGAUCUCUCUGCUCAACGGAGUCAGUUUGAUCGUGGGAAACAUGAUCGGCUCCGGCAUCUUCGUCUCGCCCAAAGGGGUGCUCAUCUACAGCGCCUCCUACGGGCUGUCGCUGGUCAUCUGGGCCAUCGGGGGCCUGUUUUCGGUCAUCGGGGCCCUCUGCUACGCCGAGCUGGGCACCACAAUCACCAAAUCAGGGGCCUCCUAUGCAUACAUUCUGGAGUCGUUCGGCGGCUUCAUCGCGUUCAUCCGUUUGUGGACGUCCCUGCUGAUCAUUGAACCCACCAGCCAGGCGGUCAUUGCCAUCACGUUCGCAAACUACCUGGUCCAGCCGCUGUUUCCAACAUGUGAGCCUCCAUACGCGGCGGCCCGCCUCAUCGCCGCUGCGUGCAUAUGUUUACUCACCUUCAUAAACUCUGCUUAUGUAAAGUGGGGGACCCGGGUGCAGGACGUUUUUACCUACGCAAAGGUGGCGGCCCUCAUCGUCAUCAUCGUCACCGGCAUCGUUAAGAUGUUUCAGGGCAUCAUCAAGGUGGGAAGGUGGAACCCUCUGCCCAUCCAUUUCCUCACCGACGCUCCUGAAGCCACGGUGGCAGACAUGCUGAUGGAGGUCUACCACAUGGUCACGCUCCACAUUCAGCUGCAAAGCUUUGCGAAGCUGGAAGAUCUGCCCUGUGAGCAGUGGAACCACGCCACCGUGAGGAACGCCCUCAAAGAGCUGCUGAAGGAGAUGAACCAAAGCACUCUGGCCAAGGAGUGUCCUCUGUCACAGUGCAGAGCUGCAGCUAAAAGGCAGCAGCAGAAGGUUUAUCCACUCGCUCAGGUUAUCGCAGCACAAAGCAUCUUCAUCAAAUGGGAUUAUCUGGAGAAGAUGUGGGCCGGUCGAGACGCGGCGGACAUCAAGAUUGAGCGGGACAACAUGUCGGACUUCUGCGUCCUGGGACAGAGACCCCCUCCUCACCUUGCUCAGCUCAGCCACCUCAGCUCCGGCGGGCCCCUCCUCAAAGCCGGAUCCGGCGACCCGCAGGCCCCCUCUCAGCCGCUGCAGCAGCCUCCUCCUCCCCAGCAGCAGCCCUCCCCUCACGGGCCCCUCCACCACAGCCCUCCCCUCCGCACAGGACAAGUGCCCCCGCCUCCCCCGCCGCCUCCGCCCGGCCCCCUGCAGCCCCUGCUGGGGCCAGGUGGGCUCCUCUCUCCGCAGCUCUCCCCGCAGCUGGUUCGCCAGCAGCUGGCCAUGGCCCACCUCAUCAACCAGCAGCUGGCGGUGAGCCGCCUGCUGGCCCACCAGCACCCUCAAACCCUCAACCAGCAGUUCCUCAACCACCCCCCCAUCCCUCGGGGUUCAUCCAAAGGUGGAGGAGACCAUCCUGGGAGCAACCCCUCAGCCGCUGAGGUCUCCUCUGAGAUCUACCAGCAGGUCAGAGACGAGCUGAAGAGAGCCAGCGUCUCCCAGGCCGUGUUCGCCCGCGUGGCCUUCAACCGCACCCAG